AUGGCUGCAGACGAAAGGGCGGAAGUCGCCUUUGACGCAGACAUCUCUGAUGCUGUCGAUCUCGCCGAGCUGGGUGCAGCGUCGUCCAGUCAAAAGCCUUCGGUGGGAGUGGAAGACGAGCCAGUACAACCCACGUCAUCUCAAGGAAACUCAUCCGUGCCUCCAACUAUCGUAUAUCUGUGGGAGCUCGGUCAGCGUGGUCAUGCAUUCUUGGUCAGCCGCGUCGGUCAACCAUACCUCGCCUUCCUUGGAUUCCUCAAGUACACCUUGGACCUCAUUCUACGCACCCUCAAGCUCAUCGGCUUUUCCAUCGCCAUUAUCUUCAUUGUUGGAAUCGCAUCCUGGUUCAUCGCCUUCACGCAAUGGUGCUCCGUCGUCGUCGGCCAUCUCGCACUUCGCGCCAUCGUGCCCCGUUCACUGGACAACUCAUUCCACGAGAUGAAAAUCGAACAAACCAUGAUCUUCGCCGUCAUUGGCGCCGUCAUCGUCAACAUCCCUCCUUUUGUUGUCUUCCUCAUCUCCUUCCUCUUCAACUUCAACCGAACCGUCAUCGAGGGCAAUGCCGCGCCUGCGCUCGAAUUCAUGCGGCGUAUCACACCUGAAAACCAUCGAAUUCGGCUCGCCUUGAAGUACACGCCGCGACUGUUGGUCGCACCCAUCGGAUAUUUCGUGGUCAGGGAGGUCGACCGCAUGGCCUCGUAUCCUGAACUCCCACCGCCCGGACCCGCACUGGAACCCCUGCGCGUGGUCAUCAUAGGCCUCGCCGGGGAAAUCGUUUUCACGGGCCUGGGGAGGAUUAAGGGCUCUCGGUUUGUUCAAGGCGUUGGUCUCCUUGAUCAUUCUUCGACGUAA